UACGUUCUCUCGCUGACAAAGGCAAAUGAAGCCAUGUUUUUGCCGUGGAAUAAAUAACAUUUAAAACCCUUUUUAAGAGACUUGCAGCUUUCGAAUGGAAGGUUGUUGAAUUGAAUAGGCUCAUUCUGCAACCAGAUCUGGAUAUUUUGUUUUUGGAUAUGUAUAACAGUUAUUGAAGAGGCAUUGGGAAUAUUGCGGACACAUUUCUUGACUGUCAAUAGAAUUUUACUUCUCAUACAGAAGGGAAAAAAGCAGAAUUUAGAGCAGGGAGAGGCUUGAAAGGAACACCUUCUUCUUAAGAAAAUGAAUUUCGAGGCAGGCUCCUGAAUCAGAGGUGGACGCGUGGAGAAAGGAUCAGCAGUUGUGAAACAAAAAGCCUACACAGCAGACACUGCAAGAUGAACCUAGACAGUGAUGACAAGAGAACACGCACACGAUCAAAGGGAAUUAGAGUGCCUGUAGAACUCAUAGGACAAGAAUUAAGCUGCCCCACCCUUGGAUGCAAUGGCUCAGGUCAUGUCAGUGGAAAAUAUGCAAGACACAGAAGUUUACAGAGUUGCCCGUUGGCCAAGAAAAGGAAACACCAGGAUGUAGACUCAGAUCAGCCUUCAUCAAAAAGGAAGUCCCACCCCCUGAGGUUGGCUUUGGAUGAGGGGUACAAUGUGGACAGCGACGGUAGUGACGAAUCAGAGGUCAGGGAAGAUUCCUCAGCCGACGAAUCACAGGAGGCCUUGGAGGACGAGCACGAGGAAGAAGAUGACAAAGAAGAGAGCGAAGAGGCAGCACGAGAAUGCAUGGCAGCAGAAUCAUCCAAUGCUGGACAAUCUCAAGAGGAAGACUCGCCCGAGGCACCCGUUAGUAAUCAAAGGGAAGACUACACAUGCUAUCAUGAAAUGGUGGCCAGUUCCCUUCUCAACCUGGGUCAAAUUGCAGAAAACACAGUGGAAACAACAGAGGAAUCUCUGCUCACAGCUGGAAUGGACGUAGUAUGUGAAACAGAGAACAUUGAUAGGUGCAGCGAGGUGGAAACACAGGCCGAAACAGUGGUUCAUGAAGAUGAUGAUGAAGAGGAUGACGAAGAAGAUGCUACAGAAAUUAGGGAGGCGACAGAAGAAGCCCAGAACUUGAUCAGGACAGUAGAAAUACAUCAGGAACCAGAGGAGGAGGAGGAGGAGGAGGAAGAGGAGGAGGAGGAGGAGGAAGAAGAAGAAGAUGAAGAUGAGGAUGUGGAGGCCAGCGAGGCUUGUAUGACACAGAAAGACAACACAGAUCACCAGUACUUCAGUGGGGGCUUCACGAGGUUCAGAACAGUAGAGCAUGAGGCAGACGGUCCAUCAUCAGAAAUCCAGUGCGAGGAGACACUUGGAGAAGAAGAUGAAGAGGAGGAGGAUGAAGAGGAGGAGGAGGAGGAGGAGGAGGAGGAGGAGGAGGAAGUUACAGAUGCUCAGGGAUCUCACGCAGAAACAGAAACUGAACUGGAGCUCCAGUCCCAGCUCGAGGACUCCUGUCCGAAGACCACAUCCUCGGUGGUGAUCGAGGUCCGAUCGGAAGAGUCUGACAAAGACGACGAGGAUAACGACGACGAUGACACUCUUUCUCAGAAGUCGGCCGUCACGGAUGAGUCUGAGAUAUAUGACAUGACGAGAGGGAACCUCGGUCUUCUAGAGCAGGCCAUUGCGCUAAAGGCUGAGCAGGUGAAGAUGAUGCGGGAAGCAGGCAGGAUGCCAGGGGAACAACUUCGCUAUUUCCACAUAGAGGACAGGCAAGGAAAGCCUAUGGAUUCUAUGAGAAAGAAUUACUUUAAUAAAGACCCCUCAAGGUCUGAGAAGAGAGAGAUUAAGUGCCCGACCCCAGGGUGUGAUGGGACUGGUCAUGUGACUGGAUUGUACCCUCACCAUCGCAGUCUGUCCGGCUGCCCACACAAAGACAGGAUACCACCAGAGAUCCUGGCGAUGCACGAGAAUGUUCUCAAGUGUCCCACGGCAGGGUGCACGGGGCAGGGUCACGUCAACAGCAACCGCAACACUCACAGGAGCUUGUCCGGAUGUCCUAUUGCCGCAGCUGAAAAACUGUCUAAAACCCAUGAGAAACAGCCAAUCCCUCAGCAUGCCUCUGAGCUCCCUAAAGGCAGCCCUAAUUCAGACAGAGUACUCAGGCCUAUGUGCUUUGUAAAGCAAUUAGAGAUUCCUCAGUUUGGCAGCUACAGACCCAAUGUUCAACCUGCAACCCCUCGUGCCAACCUGGCUAAGGAACUUGAGAAGUACUCCAAGGUCUCUUUCGAUUAUGCAAGUUUUGAUGUUCAGGUCUUUGGCAAACGUAUGCUUGCCCCAAAGAUUGCGACCACUGAAAUCUCACCAAAAGCCUUUAAAUCUAAACCAUUCCCCAAGGCGUCCUCCCCAAGCCACAGCCUGUCUGGUAGUUAUGCGAAGAGCACCACCUCCUCUUCCUCCUCCAGCGGCUACGACUACUCCCACGACGCAGAGGCGGCGCACAUGGCCGCCACCGCCAUCCUGAACCUGUCCACACGCUGCUGGGAAAUGCCUGAGAAUCUCAGCACAAAACAGCAGGACCUCGCCAGCAAGAGCAUGGACAUCGAGGUGGAUGAGAACGGCACCCUGGACCUCAGCAUGAAAAAGCACAGUAAGAGCUUGUCGUGCCUGAGCCCGGGGGUCAGAUCACCAGAGCAGUCCCAGAACCAGAGCUGCAGCCCCAGCAGCAGUGCGAUGACCUCACCACAGUCCAGCCACGCCUCCAAACAGGAGGAGUGGGAGGGGCCUAUCGACUACACCAAACCCAACAGGCAGCGCGAGGAGGACUUAGAGGAGAUGGAGCCCGCAGCCCACUCGUUCGUCUCCUCAGAACCGGAGGACUGUGAAAUGAUCCAAGAGAGCUUGGAAGACAGGAAGUACCCGGGAGAGGUCACCACAACAAGCUUCAAAAUGAAAUACCAGAGCAAGGACAGCAAGAAGGAACUUCUAUUGUGCCCAACCCCUGGUUGUGAUGGCAGUGGUCACAUCACUGGAAACUAUGCAUCACACCGCAGCCUGUCUGGUUGUCCUCUUGCUGACAAGAGUCUCAGAUCCCUCAUGGCUGCCCAUUCUGCCGAGCUCAAGUGCCCAACUCCAGGCUGUGACGGUUCCGGUCAUAUCACAGGGAACUACUCAUCCCACAGAAGUUUGUCUGGCUGCCCCCGUGCCAAGAAAGGUGGAAUAAAAACAACUCCUACCAAGGACGACAAGGAGGAUCCCGAGCUCUUAAAAUGCCCAGUUCCAGGAUGUGACGGCUUGGGUCACAUCAGCGGGAAGUACGCCUCCCACCGCAGUGCCUCCGGCUGCCCAUUGGCUGCCCGCAGACAGAAGGAAGGGCUUCUCAACGGCGCUCCCUUUCCCUGGAAAUCCCUCCGAACAGAAGGACCAGCCUGCCCAACGCCAGGGUGCGACGGCUCAGGUCACGCUAAUGGCAGCUUCCUUACACACCGAAGUCUCUCAGGCUGUCCCAGGGCCUCUUUUGCUAUAAAGAAGACAAAGUUCCCAGGGGAUGAAUAUCUCACCACAAAAUUCAGGGCCAGUGACGUUCUCGACAAUGAUGAAGACAUUAAACAGUUAAACAAGGAGAUCAGCGAGCUCAACGAAUCCAACACUGAGAUGGAAGCGGACAUGGUCAAUCUGCAGACGCAGAUUUCCUCAAUGGAAAAGAAUCUGAAGAACAUCGAAGAUGAGAACAAAAUCAUUGAGGAGCAGAAUGAGGCUUUGUUUAUGGAGCUGUCAGGCCUGAGUCAGGCCCUCGUUCGCAGCCUGGCCAACAUUCGCCUUCCACACAUGCAGGAGCCAAUCACUGAGCAGAAUUUUGAUUCCUAUGUGAACACGUUGACGGAUAUGUACACCAAUAAGGAGUGCUACCAGAACCCGGAGAACAAGGCACUGCUGGAGACUAUUAAGCAGGCUGUGAAGGGUAUCAAAGUGUAAAUGAGAGACAACCAACGACUACAACAAAACAAAAAGAAAAGGGCAUUCAGGUUUUAAAUGGCAAUGUACUUCAUCCCAGGGAGCAUUCAGCAAAACCAGGACCAAAAUACAAGCCUGCUGCUGCCAGGUUUGAUAGGACGAAAGGAUCCGAACACAUUUGUUUUCUUUUUUCCCAGCUUUGACACUCAGCACUUCAGGCUUUGAAGUUAAAUGAUCAGGAUCAAAUGGAUUAGCAGGAUAAAGAAAACACUGCUUAAAAAGAUGUUUUGUCAUAUUCAAUAUAUUCAAUAUAUCUGUCGUUGGAUAUGACAAUCAGCUCAAUUAUUUGUGUGAAUAAUCGAUGGCUUUUUCUGAUCAAACCAAUACAAGAAUUUAAAUAAACAAACAAAAACGAAAGCUGUUGAAUCCUGCAACGGCCAUUUGAUGCUUGAUAUCUGCUUUAACAGGCACCACUGAUGAAUAAUUCUACCGAGAUCAAGGUGGAAUGUUAUUGUAAUAAGUGUGGUGGCAAUCAUCUUACAAAAAAGAAAGGAACAGCAAAGUUCUUGGUCAAGGCACUGUUGGACUUGUAUCUAAUGUGGCAUCACUACUCUGGAAUUCAGACUAGUUUCAUGAACCUGUAGAGAACAGGUUCCACCACAAACUGACUCAAUAACUUAGAGGACACUUCCUACCAGAGGAUGACAAAGUAAAAGUACUGCGGACACAGCUGAUGCCACUUCUGUUUUUUCUGCUUAAAGAAACUUAAAAAAAAAGUCUAUAAUGUAAAUAAAUUCCAAUGUCAUCUAGUAAUAUUUAUAGUAUUUAUGAGCAUAGAAAUUGCACUUCAUUUCAUUAACUAGUUUGUAGUUCAGUUAUUAGUAUUGUUAUAUAAAUUAUUUAAUUUGAAUCCGAGAAGGUUUAAAAUGUAAUUUAUUCCCAACAUUUUAUGUUAAAUUGAUUAUUUAUUUAACCUUGCCUAUUUAUUAUUUUUUGUAAAACAAAAUGCAACUCGACCAGUAAGCAUUUUUAAACAACCAUUUAAAGCUGACAAUAUAUAUGUCUUAGAAAUGAGCGUUUCAAAAAAAAUAACUAUUUAAAUAAGAUAUCAACCACAAUGAAUUAUUUUAUAUAUUUUAUUAUUUAUUUUAAAGAAUGGGAUUUUUUAUCUUCUUUUUUUAAGUGCAAAUAUUUUAUAGCUGACAAGUUUUGAUAAUUUUUUAAGGCUUUCCUUUUGUUAAUAUUAUUUUUUCUUUUUUUUCCGAAAAAGUAUUUUUCAGACACCCAUGACCACUAAAUUGAAAUUAUGUAUUUAUUAUUAUUUAUUUAAUAUUUAAGAAAAAAUGAACAGUGAUAUUGUUGUAUAUUUAUUUUGUAAUGUCUGUGUGUAAUUGUGAUGGCUGAGUAAGCAUAGUCUUUAAACCUUUGUUGAUAUUUAAAUUAAAAAAAAUCAUGAUAAGCGAUACUGUACAAGAAAGUGUGUGAUUAUAGUAUUUUAAUAAUAUAUACCAACAGUUCUUCCUUUCAAGAUGUAAACCAAGUUACAUCCCAGAGCUGUAGUAUGCAGGUAUUUCCAUGAACAAAAAAAGCAUAUUCCUGUUCUCUGCCCCAUACUCCUGACUCUUACCUGAAACGAUAUAGGGAUCUGCUGUAUUCCCAAUGUUUCUUUUCUGAUGUUCAUGAUUCCAGAAGAUAUGUGAGUAAAUGGGUUUCCAUUUACCGUGUAUUCCUGUUUAAAUAACAGGACUGCAUAUAUAUAUAAAAAAAAAACUUUAUGGACAAAAAAAACCCUGUUCCUUUAGGGAUGGCUGACUCCUAAGAAUUCCUUCAAAGCGCACACCCUUCUAGCCUUAUUCUUUUGUGUUUGAUUUUCAAUGCACAAAGUGCCACUGCUGUCCAUUUAUUUUAACAGCUCUCAUUCAGCUUUGAUAUACUGUCCUUCCACCAGUGAGUGGAGAAUUGAUUACUGAUUGUUACGAAUGCCUUUUUUUCUUGCCUAGGUGGCCAUAAAUACAAUCUUGUGUACAAAAUAUAUAUACAUAUAUAUUUUUUUUUUUCCAGUGUUAUUGUUCCGUCAACUAUUAUUUUUUAGUAGCUCAGCAAAAAGGAAAUAAGCUGUUCAAAUAGGAGUUGUAUUCUUUAAGUGGUGAACCUUUCUCCAUAUUGUUUCAAUAAUAGUAAGGCCUUGUGGACUGUGACCUUAGCAAUUCUGGUAGCACAUUGAGAAUAAAACAUCUCUGUUCUGGUGUCAGUUCAUGUAAUAACAGUGUUUUGCCCUCUUCUGUGUUGUUAUAUGGAAACUGUGAGCGGUAUCACAUAGUUCUAACUUAGUUUAGUGGCCACUUUUCAUUGCUAAGACAGUGAACUUUAGCUUACGAUAAAACUGAGAUCACAUUCCUGCAUAUAAGUUUAAAAAAAAAAAAAAAGGAAUAGGGCUGUUUAUUGGUAUUUAAAUGUGUUUCAAAGUUGUUUAAUUUAUACAACCUUGUAUUGCUGUUUCUGCAAGACCUAUUGUUGGUAUAAAGACAAAUGAAAAAUACCUUGCUUUAAAAUGUGAAAAAUGCUUUGCGGCCAUGUUUAUGUACAGUGCUGCUGAUAGUGUUAAACGUUGAAACAGCAGGUACUGUACUUUAGCCAGUUAAAUAAAGAAUAAUAUCAUUUGAAGAUGCUGCGAUUGAGCUGGCGAGACUGAACGUUGCUGUUUGUUGUUCCAUUAUUAAACUUAGAGCAAUACUGUAUAGUUUGUGAAAAGGGCAAUGGAUGAAGGAAAACAGCGUGGGCUAGUUUACAGAAUCAAAAUGGAACGAGUUUCAGUUUACGAACUCUGCUUGUGAAAUCUGAUCCCUUUUCUUAUAACCCUCAAGAACCCCUUUUACAUAUUGUUAGAAUGCGCUCAAUAGUGUGUUGAUGCGGCUAGAAAUGUAAUUAUAGUUUCAAAAUACGCUUUCUUAUCAACAGAAAUAAAGAGAAAAGAAGCAGUCAAAUUGCUAUUAAGUUAUUCAGCAUUUUCAAGAAAUGUUAAGAGAUCAAUUAAAUAUCCCUGAGCAGGGCUGAUUCAGAGAUUAGUUCAGGCAAGGGUAUCACUGCCCCAAAUAAUGGGCCUGAUUUUAUGGGCCCUUAUGAAUCUAGCCGUGAGUGAAUAAAUGCUCCAGAACACUGACCUAAUUGUAUUGAUAUUUUUAACUGCUUUUAACUUGUAAAUUGCUCUACAGCAAAAUGUUGAAUUUACAGAUUUCUCCGUAGAAGAUACAAUUUUGAUACUCAGACCCAUAGUAACUAAUACAGUUUACUGUAUAUUUUACGAUAUAUAUAUUAGUAUUUUGUUUGUUUUGUCAGACUAUGAAUAUUUUAAUAUUUAUGAAAGUAUGAAAGGAACCAAGAGCAUAUGAUUUACUCUUGAAAACAAUAUGAAAAGUAAAAAACAAACUACCACUUCAGAACCUACCAUAAAAUAAUGCUGCUCACUUGCCCUUCUCAUUCUUCCUUUGAAUAAUGCCUUAGUCCAGGGGCUGGCAAAUCCAAGUCUUAGUAAAGCCUGGGGUUUGAUUUAACCCGAUCCUCAACAUUCAUUUGAAGUCUGCGCUGCUUUCAAUUGCACUGUGCAUGAAAGGCAGUACCUAAAGCUACCACGAAGGUCUGGGCCAAUUACCACAUGCAUGUCAGGCUGUAAUUAUAUAUUUCCAAAUUAAGAACUUAUUUAGGAGCUGGUUGGAGAACAUUUCUAGUUCUGUAAUUUUCCCAGGAAACUCACAAACCUCUCCCUGGUCAUGUUUCCAUCUAACCAAUCAAAUGUGUGCUUUACCGGGAUCAUACCUUAACCUGGCUGUGUUUCUGUGCUGUGAAUGGCUAUAGGCUUUCACCGUAAUGUCACACAAUCAAACACCUGUUCCCAUGCAAUUCUGCAUGAAUGGAAACAGAGGCUUCAAUAUGGGAACCUUGAGUGUGAUUUGUCAGAUGGAAACUACGCCUUACUCUUUGUGGCUCUAUAGGACUUGAGAUGCUUAUCCCUGCCUUUUUUUUCCUCUCAAAACUACAGUAUCAAACCGUCAAAAGAAAAUUGACGUCCGAAAGAAAACAGAGAAAGGCAUGUGUGGUAGAAUGGUACUUUCUAUUAAGCUAAUAUAACCAAAAUUUUAUGGUAGGUACUGUAGCUUAAAACUGUGUAACUGUAUCACUUGUGCCUUUCUCACACCAACACCUGUAGGCAUGAAGGAUACCGUAUGAGCUGUUUACAUUUGGGAACUGGGUUCAAAUCUAGCUCAGGAUGAAGUGAGUGAAAGCCAGACCCUCCUCGGGGUAUGUAAUGAAAAGUGUUGCUGCUAGGAAUGCAAAGAGUCCAGAAUUGUUUUAUGUUGAAUGCUUAGUUUGCUUUGGUAACACUUUCAUUUAAUUGCUGAAAAAUGAAACUGUGAUUUGAUACUAUAAUUCAGGUACCAAACUGCAUUUACAGUUAAUGUUUUAGACAAAUAAAGAAACAAAUAAAAGAUAAUGCCCAUUUCUAGGGCAUUAUGAUAAAACGAGUAAUAUACUCUGUAAAAAUUGUAUUAAAGAAUGUUGUUAUUGUAAUUGUAUAAGCGAUCUCUGCUACACACAGUAGUAGAGGGGGUUUAUGUGCAAUGAUUCAUACCGUCUGGGCUUGUUCUGCCACUCAUCACAUUUUUACCAAAUAUUUUAUGUUGGUGAUAAUGACCUUUGAAACUAAUAAUGUACUUCCACAAAUAUUGGUACUUCCGCAAAAACAGUUCAGCUGUGAAACAGUGGCAAAGUUUUUUAUUUAGCAAUGGAGUUUCUUUCUAAUCAUUUUCUAAAGCAGGUCAAGCCUUGGCUGUAUGGUUGCGGUCUCUGUUUUUGAAGUGAGCACUAUAGAUCCACACUGUUUGUGAAUUAAUGUCUGUGAAUCGGUGUAUCUGUAUCAGUGUUAUAAAGAUGGGAGCUCAUGUUGGAAGCUUGUUGGAGUAUGAUCCAUUUUAAUGUCGGCAACAAUUUAAAUAAAAAAUGAGUUGGUUUCAUUUA